CCGUGGGGGGGCAUGGAGCCGCUGGUGCUGUACCACUGGACGCAGUCCUUCUCCUCGCAGAAGGUGCGCUUGGCAAUAGCCGAAAAAGCUCUGAAGUGCGAAGAGCACGAUGUAAACCUGCCGCUGAGUGAGCACAACGAGCCGUGGUUCAUGCGCUUAAAUUCCUCUGGAGAAGUACCCGUUCUGAUCCAUGGAGAAAACAUCAUUUGUGAGGCAACGCAGAUUAUCGAUUACCUAGAAGCAACGUUUGUAGAUGAGGAUGUACCAAGACUAAUGCCAGAAGAAGGGAGCAUGUAUUAUCCAAGGGUGCAACACUAUAGAGAGCUUUUAGACUCCUUGCCUAUGGAUGCCUACACGCAUGGCUGCAUCCUGCACCCUGAAUUGACAGUGGACUCCAUGAUUCCAGCCUAUGCUACCAGCAGGAUUCGUAGCCAAAUAAGUAACACAGAAUCAGAGCUGAAGAAACUAGCGGAAGAAAAUCCAGACCUUCAAGAUGCCUACAUAGCAAAACAGAAGCGCCUUAAAUCUAAGCUGCUGGAUCAUGAUAAUAUAAAAUACUUAAAGAAAAUACUGGAUGAACUGGAAAAAGUUUUGGAUCAGGUUGAGACUGAAUUGCAGCGGCGAAAUGAGGAAACACCAG